AUGUUUGGCUUGCAACACGCACCACCAGAGGACAACAACGACGUUUCUUUGUUAUCUCCGAAAACAUUUGCAACGGCUACAAUACGCAGGUUUGCGAGCCCGCCUCCAAGUCCUAGCCGCGGGAACCGGCCGGGCUCAGCGCAGCCCCGGUCUACACUGGGCAGCGCAAGAAGCCCUCCCCAGCAGUCCGCACAACAUUCCGCGUCACCCCGGGCUUCGCUAGCCACUGAGUCCCCGCCGGUCGCCGGUGAAACCACCGACCACAGCGAUGGACGAGGUGAGAAUGGGAGUGGGCGGAAAUCCUCCGGUGCGCUCCCGGGUGUGAUUCCGCCGCCGGUAGUCGUUGACGCGACCGCGACGGCGGGCCCGGGGAGAGAAGCAGGGGUAGAGGCUUGCUCCACCGCUCCGGCGGCAGGCGCAGCCGAGGAGGCGUGCCUCCAGGACGGGGACGGCGAAGACUCUUCCCCGCCACCGAGAACGGAUUCUGGCCCUGGCGGUGACGGAGGCAGCCGGGGUGGUGGCGAUCUUCCUGAAGGCAGGAAACAACGCAGAGUAGAGUUUGUAGAGGCUGACACCUCCGAUCACGGUAGCGGCGGUUUCGCGUCGGGGGAUGCAACGUCUCCGUCCCCUUCCUCGCGCCGGAGAAGGAACAGCGGGAGGGGGAAACGAAGCAAGAAGAGGAGCACCAAGAACAAGAAAUCGGCGUCUCGGAGCCCGGCGAGAACGAGGGGCAGGGGCCGCGGCGCCGGCUGCAGGGAUUGGGAGAAGGAGGCCAAGCGUCGAAGAAAACUCUUCAAGAAGGCGGCAAGAUUGAAUGCGGAGGCGGCGGCGGCGGCUGUAGAGGGAGAGGCGAUAGAGGAUAGCGGUGUUGGUGGGGAAGGGAGAGAAAACAACGGGGGGCACCUUGGGGGCGAGGAAACGGGGACACCCCCGGCUGGAUUUGACGAGAGGUGGGGCGGUCGUCAUCAGGACGGGCGGGAGAGCAUGGUGGAUUUGGAAGGCCUGCAUCAGGACCUGCACCAGGACAUGCAAAUGCAGAUGCAGAUGCAGCAGAGUCGGCAAUGGAAUGCCACCGAGAACCUCGAGUUCCAGCAGAGCGUCUACACGCGGUCUGCAGGGUGGCCUACGACCGGCUAUCGAGGAAUGGGUAGCAUCGUACGGACCAACAACGAGCCCCGGGAGUGGAGAGGGACAGGAGGCGCGGCGGGGACAAUGGAGGGGUUUCCUGCCGGCUGCGGGCUGCGGCCGGUCGUCAAUCACCGGCCACCCGGUAACCAACCAACAUCGGGGUACCACCCGUACGCCGCGGUCCACUACCAGCUCGCCCCGUCUUCUCCUCCUCCCCUUGCGUCGCGGGGAGACUGCUGGCCGACUCGGGCCCCGUUCCGCCCAUCCACCGCGGGGUCGAUCCACGGCGGCUGCGGGACAGCGGCAGCAAAGCCUCCACCGUUCCGGUUCUCAAGGUCCAAGAUCGGGGACCCCAUGGCUCGCGCUUCGGCCGGCGUCGACGGUCACGGCGGCGGCUGUGGUGGUGCUGGUGGGUAUCACCGCGUCGUUAACGGGUGCACGAGCCGUGUCGCGGCGAGGGUGCCGAGGCGGCCGAACAGCGCGGCGCAGUGCAUGGGGGCAACGCGAAGGGCGAUCGAGGUGCCGGCGGCCCACCCGGUAAGGAUGCCGCCGCCGGCUACUGCCGAGACAGCCACCGCGUUGCCUCCGGUUCAGCCGCGGCGCCAGCCGGAGUCGGUGGCGGCGGCGGCGGGAGCCGGCUCCAUUAUCGCGGGUGGUAGACCAACAGACUUGGCUUCGUCGCUAGGAGACAGGGUAAGAGAACACGGAUUCGACGCUGACACGAGGAGGAUAUUCGACUACGGCGGUGGCGGAGGCGACAACCGACUGCAGCAGCGCCCACAGACUUCGACCGGCAGCAGAAAAGCGUGCCAAAACAUCGUAAACCUGUUGCCGCCCGCAUCGCCUGCGAAAACUGCGGAGGUAGAGGCGGCGGCACGGUUGCAGCGGAACUGA